GAUGACUUUGAGUCAUCCACUUCGUCCCUCAAGGAGCAGCACCAGGCGGCGCCGCUCUCCGCAGUACAGGCUGGGACUCCAGAGGAGGUGAAGCACGACACCCCGAAGAAGGACGAGUACGCCGCGGAUGAUGACUUUGAGUCAUCCACUUCCUCCCUCAAGGAGCAGCACCAGGCGGCGCCGCUCUCCGCAGUAGAGGCUGGGACUCCAGAGGAGGUGAAGCACGACACCCCGAAGAAGGACGAGUACCCCGUGGAUGAUGACUUUGAGUCAUCCACUUCCUCCCUCAAGGAGCAGCACCAGGCGGCGCCGCUCUCCGCAGUGGAAGUGGCGGGAGAUAAACCUUCGCGUAGCUCCAUUUUAAUUAGCAGCAAGAGUUCAAGUAUCGGGGAUUUGAGUCCAGCUAAGAGCGACCAGCAGGAUUCUUACAAUGAGCUUGGCGGUGCUUCUGAAGGAACGCCAAACGCGAAUGUGGCGGCCGGUCUUCAUGAGUUUGGGUCGAGAAGAUCAUCAAAAAAAAUGGGCCGUUUGUCAGUUUCUGUGUCAAACGGCAGGAUCACGGAGCCCAGCAAUAAUAAUGUGCAGAAAGUCGCUGCUGGUUUUGACGAGCUUUAG